UGGGUUCAUUGUGAUAUUAAACCCGCUAAUGUUUUGGUUUUUGAUAAUGAACGUGGUGGAAUGCACAAGUUGAAAUUGGCUGAUUUCGGAUUGUCGUUGAGAGUUGGUGAUGGGAUGGCAUAUACGACUGGACGUGCAUUGAGUAACCGUGGAACUCUACUUUAUGCACCUCCAGAAUCUUCGACGCACGGUUUUCAUUCCAAAGCUUAUGAUAUAUGGUCGUUAGGGUGCACCGUGGCAGAGAUGAUGACUGGGUAUCGCGUUUGGAUUGAUUGCAGCACUAAAGAUCUGCAGUGGAUGAUUAUGACUGAAGAUCCCAUGAUUCCGACUAAUAUUUCAGAGAUAGCCAAAGAUUUUUUGCACAAGUGUUUCAUAAGGGACCCUCUAGGAAGAUGGACAUCGGAACAACUACUGCAACAUCCUUUUAUUCAGCAAGCUUUAUGUACUGCGUCAAUUUCAUUAAUGCCUGAAACUCAAGAGGUGACAAGAAGGGUUAGUCCUUUUGGUUGCCAAAUUCCAAUUCCAGAGAAGGACUUCAUCAGUUUGCCCUUAGAAGCAGUUUAAACAGAACGUAUUGAAUAGGAAUGCAACACUACUUAGAAUUUAGAUAGUGUAUUAUAUAUGGAGUAGAACUACUUAGCAGAAACCAAAUUGUGUAGUAAUUGUCAAAAAGAUGUAUUACUUAGCAGGAUGUAUUCCAAUUCCAGAAUAAUAUCCAUUCUAUUCGUUA